AUGGAAAAUAUAGAUAUAAAUUUUGAAAAUAUUGGAUCGAUCAUCGACUAUAUGAAAAACAAAUUUAAAUCAAUUGGCAAUCAGAAAAAUAAUUCGCGUUAUGCACGAAACAAAGCUCUUUCUAUUUAUUCAACAUUUGAUAAGACUCUUAAAAGGAGAGAAGUUCAGGAUCUUCUUGAAACGAUAGAAAAAAAGGCAAAAAUGAUGAAGAUUGAAAUCUUGAACGAUAAAAUGGAAAUUGCCUCAGAUACAAGACUUACGAAAGAAUUCGAGACGAAUCAAGUAGAAACUAAAGUGGACGAAAAUGAUACUGAAAGUGAUAGCGAAGAUUGCACUGAAAGUGAUAAUGAAGAUCAUGUUGAUUACCAAACUGACGAGACUAGCAAGCACGACUGCCUUGAUGGUGAAAAUUUCCUCAUGAUAACCCAUGAAGAAAUUGAGAAUAGCAUCGAAAAUUGGAAGCGCACCAGAUCUCAAAGUGGUCAAUUAGAUAGAAAUGAUGCAAAAUAUGGAACUCGAACUCCUCCCCACAAAAUAAUUGAAAGUUUUCCCAAUUCUGAUAUCAUUCCUCGAUCCUCAAAUAAUGAAAGAAUCCUUAAAGCUUCUGCUGAGAAUUUAGCAAGUCCGAAUGAAGUUAAGUAUUUCCAAGAAUUUAUUCCUCUUUUCGAAAAAUACAAAGAUCAAGAAAAAAAUAAUAUAUACUCCUGUACCAACGAUGACGUUAUGGACAUACGGGGCGAUAGCGGGUUUGCUAAAUUUUUAACUAUUGAUCAAUACGCAAAACUGCUUUCAGUACGACCAAAAAGGAAUGCGGUGUUACCGGAAUGUUGGCAUAGAAUUAUAGAGGAAUAUUAUAUGGAGUCAUUAACCGAAAAUGAGCCAAAGAAAACAAUUUCUGAUUGGCUUCGCAUAACAGAAUCAUUGAUCAUAGUUAAAGAUACCGAGGAAAUAACAAAACUUAAAAAGUAUUUAUAUAGAGUAAUGUUACCUUUAAUUGAGUCAUUCCUUAAACCCAUUCCGGACAUAAGUGCUCCAAAUACUAGUGAGCAUCACUAUUGGGCAGAGUUUGGCCAUCGUUUUUUUUCUUACGCUUUACAAGAAUUUGUAGGUCUUGAUUGGCGAGCGCAAGUUCCCGUACUUGCAUCUAAAUACAGAAAAAACUAUGGGCUUGAUCAUGCAAUACAUAAAAUAGUUGAAGGAGAAGCCUCUGAUCUGUUGGCUUGGUCUUGGGAGACAGGAGAGGAAAUUUUAGUCGGAGAGCAGGCAGGACCUCCAACUGAGCCUAAUCUUACAAAGCUCUCUAUGGAUUUUUUUAAACUAUAUAGAGAAUUAAGAGAUUGUGUGAAUGUUCGCAUAUUGCAUGCAAUGGAAGUCGGGGAUAUUAAUUACAAUAAUCGAGCCGUAUUUGGAAUACUCGGAUAUUUGUUUGAAAUAAAGAUGCUAAUUAUGUGGAGAGACGGUGUAUACAUAUAUGAAGAGUUUGGGUCUUUUACUAUUGCCUCUCAUUCAAACAUGAUUCAUACAAUGAAGGAUGGCAUAUUAAAGUUACUGGAAUUUGUCAUGGUUAUUAAGGAAGAGUUAAAACGUUCUGUGGAAGUAGAAUAUGAUAACGAUAAAAUUCAGUUAUUUAAAAGAAAGUUUAGUGACAUUAUUCAGACGAAGCCAUCACCAUUAAAGGUUUCAAGG